AUGUCAUUAUUCUUCACAUCGAGCAACAAUAACCUCAUAAUCCACGCAGCACUUUCUCUCUUCCUCACUCUCCUCUUCUCCUUCAUCAAGAUCACAUCGUUUUUCCUUCAUGGCCUCCACACUUACAUCCACCCUGAUGACGUCGCACCCCCAAACCCCAACUCCUCCGGUAUCAAAGCCGCAAUCCGAAGGCCGGGUGACGCCACUACUGGUGAAUUGAAACCAAGGAAGAAAUCCAAUAAGUUUGAAUUUGAUGAAAACAAGGCUCAGAUCUUUAGACUCAAACUCAAUCACAAUCACCUCCAAUCAAGGCUGUAUUUCGAUCAGUUUCGUGGGGUUUUCAAUUUCACCAUCGUCGCAUCUUCUUGCUUGUUGCUUCAUAACUUUUUACCUUCAUCAAAAGAUUCCUCCGGGGUUCUGCCAAAUGGUACAUUGAUUCCAAUCCUGUUAGGGCUUUUAGGGCUUGUUAGAGUAUUCGUCACGAUUGCUAGGGUUUCUUUCGAGCGAUCUGCCUCCAAGAGUUCUGAAAAACAAUUGAGUGUUUUCAUCGGGUUUUCCGCGACUGUAAUCGCGUUCCUCAUCGUCCUCCAAGUUUUUCCCAAUUGGAUUUUCGAUUUUCCGUUUGAAUCUCUCGAUGGGUAUGGGAAAUUUUGCACCGCGGUAUUCAUGGGCUCCCUCGCCGGACUGCUAUACGUUCCGGCAACUAAAACCGCUCGCGCCUACUGGCUUGGAACCGAUCAGAUUCGCUGUAAUUUAUCGAUGAUUCACUGCGGAUGGUUUGGAAGAACACUACUUCACAUCACCUACUUAUUAGCGAUCUUCACUUCAUUGCUUUGGAUUAACCCCUUUUCCGAUCUCCUUGUUAACAAAAACAUCGACACAAACAAACGAUCACAAUCAAAUCAUUCACCCAACAUUCAACACAAAGAUCGUUUAGUCGGCAACGUGGGUAUGUCAAGAUCCGAUUUCAACAACUUCCGGCAAUGGUGUAUGCUAGCAACCGGAGUUUUACAAAUGCUAACAUUUCGAGCGAAUGUGCAAAUGUUUUUGAACGAAGCAGUGUUAUCAUGGUACCAAAGAUUACAUGCAACCUGCUUUUGUUCUCCUCUUUCUUGGUUUAUCACGAAUCAAUGA